AUGCACAACGACACACUCACGAAGUACAUCGUUGAUGACGAUGCCAGGAACGCAGAUAGCAACUGUGCUGGUGGUUCCGUAUGUUGUUAUCGAGAGGACAUUCAAAGGAGUUGCAUUCAUCAUAUCGAGGCAUUCGAACUCCAGCCUGCAGGUGGAUCGACCAUAGCGACACCGUGCUGCAUCGCAGAUGAUACCAGGAGAUGGAAAGCAGAUAAGACAGCAGACACCGUCAUCCCAAAGGCGGUCCUCGUCGAAGAUACCAUCAUCGAAAGCGACGCCGUCGAGUUUGGUGCGACUGCGGAAAGCGUAGCGGACGCGGGAAUGGACUGUUGCAGGACCAGCAGCAACCAGGACAUCGGCGUAGAUAAUGUCGCAGAGAUGGACAGAGCGGUUGGAAGAACGGCGAUCAUAUGCUUGCGUUGCACGAACUCAGCAAAGACCACAUUUGGUUAUGCAGCAACGAAGAUGACACAACCUCACAUUAGCACCAGGAUCCCAGUCGCAGCGCCCCCAGGAGAGAAGUCGGCUGUUCGAGAAUCACCUUUCGUCAGUUUCGAAGCACCAACAUAG